UCUAUCUAUCUAUCUAUCUAUCUAUCUGUUGUUAAGCUGUACUCUAAUAUGCAGUUUUUUGUCUGUCUGUCUGUCUGUACUUCUGUCUGCCUGUCAUCUAUCUAUCUAUCUAUCUAUCUAUCUAUCUAUCUAUCAUUUGUUAAGCUGUACUUUAAUAUGCAAGUUGUUGUCUGUCUGUCUGUCAUCUGUCCAUCCAUCUGUCCAUCCGUCCAUCUGUCUGUCUGUCUAUCUAUCUACCUAUUUCGUUAAGUUGUACUCUAGUAUGCAGGUUUUUGUCCAUCUGUCCAUCUGUCUAUCUAUCUAUCUAUCUAUCUAUCUAUCUAUCUAUCUAUCUAUCUAUCUAUCUAUCUACCAGUUUUUGUCUGUCUGUCUGUCCUUCUGCCUGUCCGUCAUCUGUCUGUCUGUCUGUCUAUCUAUCUAUCUAUCUAUCUAUCUAUCUAUCUAUCUAUCUAUCUAUCUAUCUAUCAGUUGCUAUCUAUCUAUCUAUCUAUCUAUCUAUCAUCUAUCUAUCUAUCUGUCUAUCUAUCUAUCUAUCUAUCUAUCUAUCUAUCUAUCUAUCUAUCUAUCUAUCUGUUGUUUUUGUCUGUCUGUCUGUCUGUCUGUCCUUCUGUCUGUCAUCUGUCUAUCUAUCUAUCUAUCUAUCUAUCUAUCUAUCUAUCUAUCUGUUGUUAAGCUGUACUCCAGUAUGCAGGUUUUUGUCUGUCUGUCUGUCCUUCUGCCUGUCCGUCAUCUGUCUAUUUAUCUAUCUAUCUAUCUAUCUAUCUAUCUAUCUAUGUCGUUAAGCUGUACUCUAGUAUGCAGGUUUUUGUCUGUCUGUCUGUCCUUCUGUCUGUCUGUCACCUGUCUAUCUAUCUAUCUAUCUAUCUAUCUAUCUAUCUGUUGUUAACCUGUACUCUAGUAUGCAGGUUUUUUUCUGUCUGUCUGUCCUGCCUGUCUGUCAUCUGUCUAUCUAUCUAUCUAUCUAUCUAUCUAUCUAUCUAUGUCGUUAAGCUGUACUCUAGUAUGCAGGUUUUUGUCUGUCUGUUUGUCCUUCUGUCUGUCUGUCAUCUAUCUAUCUAUCUAUCUAUCUAUCUAUCUGUCUAUCAGUUGUUAAGCUGUACUCUAAUAUGCAGGUCUUUGUCUGUCCAUCUGUCAUCUGUCCAUCCAUCCGUCCAUCCGUCCAUCUGUCUGUCUAUCUAUCUAUCUAUCUAUCUACCUACCUACCUAUCAGUUGUUAAGCUGUACUCUAGUAUGCAGGUUUUUGUCUGUCCGUCUGUCAUCUGUCUGUCCAUCCGUCCAUCUGUCUAUCUAUCUAUAGUAUGCAGGGUUUUGUCUGU